AUGACACCUGUACAAUAUGAUCAUUUAUGUCAUCUUGUCAGGCCUUUUCUCAGGAAGAAAAGUAUACGGAAACCUAUCUCAGUAAAUGAACGAGUAGCUGUGACUCUCUUAUUCCUUGCUCAUGGUGACAGUGCCAGAUCAAAAUCAUGGGACUUCCGAAUUGGCAAAUCAACUAUAUACAAAAUUGUAUAUGAGACUUGUGAUGCAAUCUGGCAAGCUCUUAAUGCACAAUAUUUACCAAAACCUUCGCGAGAAACGUGGGAAAAGGUAAUUGAUGGAUUUUGGAACAAGUGGAACUUUCCAAAUUGUAUAGGUGCACUAGACGGAAAGCACAUUACUAUUCAAGCUCCACCAAACAGUAAUUCUUUAAAUCAUAACUACAAGGGAUAUUUUAGUUUCAUAUUGAUGGCAAUUUGUGAUGCUAAUUAUAAAUUUAUCUGGAUUGAUGUCGGUGACUAUGGAUCUAACAGUGAUGGUGGCGUAUGGGCGAACAGUAAACUUGGUCAAAGUUUAGAAUGUAAUACAGCAGAUAUUCCUCCUCCACAACAAUUGCCUGGUACAACAAUUAUGCUGCCCUGUGCUUUAGUAGGAGACGAAGCAUUUCCUCUCAAACGAUAUCUUAUGAGGCCAUAUCCAAGAAGAUCACUGACCAGUGAUUCACAGCGAAUUUUUAAUUAUCGCUUGUCCAGAGCAAGGCGAACAAUUGAAAAUAGUUUUGGAAUUCUUGUCUCUCGCUGGAGAAUUUUAAGGAACUCAAUUCAAUGCAAGGAAGAAAAUGCUCAUAAAAUUGUGCUCGCUGUUGUUGUUUUGCAUAAUUAUAUCAUGUCUUCUUAUGAACACAAGUAUUGUCCAUCAUAUUUUGUGGACCAGGAAAAUAAUGGCACGGUUAUUCCAGGGCAAUGGCGCAAUGAAAAAUUAGGAUCUCAUUUUGUGCAUAUUCGUUCAGUAAGCUCGAACCGAGCUGCUUACAUUACAAGUGUUCAGCGCGACACACUGCGAAAAUAUUUCAUGACAAACAUUGGUGCAGUUGACUGGCAAUUUGAUUGCGCAUUAAGAGGUUACAAUAUUAAUACCCCUUUAUAA